AUGAGAAAAUCUGGUUUAAAUGAUGCUGAAAAUUCUCUUGUAUGGAAUGAAUUAGUUUAUUAUUUGAAAGAUUUAAAUGAACAAAACACAUCCAUUGUUAUUAAACCAUCCGUUGUCAAGACUCUAAUUCAAACAAUGAAUUAUUUGGGUAAUGAUGCAUUGAUAGCAGUUGAGUGUUUUCUACAAAUUGGAAAUUCAUCAAAAUUAAAACAAGCAGUCGAAUACAAAUUUGAUUUAUUAUGUGAUUUAUUUCAAGUAUCAUUAUCAUCUCAUAGUACCAAUAUUGAACUUGUUCAAAUGAUUGCCAAGAAAUUUUUAACAUCAAUUCGAGUAUAUUCAAAUACGCAAAAGUGA